CUUACCAAUGUCAAGAAUGUGGUAAGACCUUUAACUGGAGGUCAUCCCUUAUUCAACAUCACAGAAUUCAUACUGGAGAGAAACCUUAGCAAUGUCAAAAAUGUGGCAAGGCCUUUAACUGCCUUUCAUACCUUUCUGAACAUCACAGAAUUCAUACUGGAGAGAAACCUUACCAAUGUCAAAAAUGUGGCAAGGCCUUUAACUGCCUUUCACACCUUUCUGAACAAAAUAGAAUUCAUACUGGAAAUAAACCUUACCAGUGUCAAGAAUGUGGAAUGUGGCAAGCCCUUUAAGGAUAGCACAACUCUUAUUGAACAUUACAGAGCUCAACUGGAGAGAAACCUUACUAAUGUCAAAAAUGUGGUAAGGCCUAUGCCGUCCUUUCACAACUUACUAAACAUCACAGAAUUCAUAAUGGAGAGAAACCUUACCAAUGUCAAGAAUGUGGCAAGGCCUUUAUUCACAACUCAAACCUUAUACAACGUCACAGAAUUCAUACUGGAGAGAAACCUUACCAGUGUCAGGAAUGUGGCUAGGCCUUUAAGGUGAACUCACACCUCAGUCAACAUAGCAGAACUCAUACU